UCUCAGCAUCUCGAGUUCACAUGCACGAUUGCUUUAUAGUCUCUCUUAUCCGCCUCUCUCUAUAUAUACGCUACACAACACACUGUCCUUUUGUAUCUCAGAAUUCCCAUCAUCUCUUCUCUUAUUAUAGCAAUCAAAUAGAGACUUCAAGAGAUGGCAAAUGUGAAGGUUAAGGUUGCCACCCUGUUCUUGGUUGCCCUUCUCCUCUGCUCUACACUAAUCCACGCCAGCCGCCCCGAGCCAGCCUUUUCUAAUGGCUCCUUGCCCAAGAACCAACAAGAUCAGGGUGUUAAUCAGGAAGAACAUGCAGAGAUGGUGGAAGAAAGUUGUGAAGGAGUUGGAGAAGAAGAGUGCUUGAUGAGAAGAACUCUUGCUGCUCAUAUUGAUUACAUCUAUACCCAGAAGCACAAACCAUGAAAACGAAACUUAAAAUUCUAGCUAAUUAUUAUGAGUUAUGCUGGUGUUGUUUAUUAUAAUUACUAUUCAAUAUAGCUACGGAUUGUUGUAAUUUAAUUACUUUUUAAUGAUGAAAAAAAAGAAAAGAAAAAUUAAACAAGAAGGUUAUACAGGAGGGUGUUGAUGAGUUUCUCUUA